GCGAUUAACUUCAACCGUUAUCCCCUGAAGGAUCGAAUUCGCAUAAUGGAGCAGAUGCACGUGCUGUGCAUAAUCGUCGGCCGCUGGGUUCUGCCGCGGUACGGCAUCAGCAGGGACCAACUCUCUCAAAUGCUCCUUGUUAAUAUCGGCAACGCUGCUGACAUCCUCGAACUGAUGGAGUCCCUGGAAGACGAUGACGUUCAAGCUCACCCCCCCAUAAUGAUAUUGAUCCUUAUUAUUUGGCAGGUCAGUCUGCUGCAAUUCGUUUUCAACAGAACAGCCACAAUUGACCUCAACAUCCCGAAGGACCCUCCUCCUCCGCCUCCUUCUCCAUCCAAACCUGAGCGAAAACACAAGCACAAACACAAACACAAACAUGAAGCAAAGGAAACUGAUAAGAAGGGAAAGCAUGGUAAGAAGGGAGCGACUCAACCCCCGGACGGGGAACAGGACACCAAUCAAAAUAAUGCGGCGCAAGUAGAAAGUCAGACCCCCAUCUGCAGCGGAUGCUCCAGCCUGGUUCGCUGGUGGCGAAACUACUGUCUCAAAGAGGGCCGUUGUGGAUACAUCUUCUUUGGAACCGAGCUAUGGGCCAUCUGCCUGUCCCUCCUGCUCCAGGACGUGCCCUUUCUCUUUCUGAGGCUUGUGCUGAUCUUCGAGUAUACUGUUCAGAGCCACUCAAACGUAUUCUUUCUUGCCAAGAAUACGCUCCUUAUUAUGCUGCAGAUCUACCGUUCAAUGGUGAUUCUGCAGGAGGAUGGGGACACAAACGAACAGCCUGCCCAGCAAUACCGUGCAGGCCCACUCUUGGCUUGA